AUGUCACACGACGAAAAAGUCUGCUCCACUCCUGUCCCUCUCUACGAAAAUCAACCUCGCUCCCAACCUGAAUUCCAACAACCUACUCCUAUCCACCCCCCAACCGCACACAUGGCUCCUCCCAUGCAGCCCCCAGUCUGGCAGCCCGGCAUGCCGCACCCGAGUGGUUACAACACAUCAUCGCCACUUCACACCCUCCAACGGGGACCAGCCCCGGUUGAUUGUCCGGUCUGCAGCUAUCGGGAAAUGACACGCGUGGAGGCCGAAUCGGGAAAUACGACGCAGUAUGUAUUACAAUGGGAGCUGGGUGGAUUUGAUUAG